ACUUGUGAGAUAAUGAAGAAGGGAGACCAAGAUGAAGAAGACAGACUCAGUGAUUUACCCGAUUCCGUUAUCGUUCACAUUCUCUCCUUUUUGAACACCAAACAAGCUCAUCAAACAUUAAUACUCUCCACAAGAUGGAAGAAUAUCGCAAAGCAACUUCCAAUCCUUAGAUUAAGAUCCUCAGACUUCAAAUCUCUCAUGACUUUUGGUAAUUUAAUGUCUCAUUCUCCAAAAAGGUUUGGUAAUUUAGUCUAUCAAGUUUUGUCUCUUCGUGAUCAUUCAACUAUACUCCACACUCUUGAUUUAUUGGAAUUCAAUGAUUUCAUUGAGCCUGACUCACUCAAAAGUAUUGUAGAAUAUGCUGUUUCUCAUGAUAUUCAGCUAUUACGAACUUCCAUUACUUGUGAUCUUCAACAAUUUCAGCCUUGCUUAUUUUCAUCUCAAACUUUAACUUCUCUUGACCUUUGUGUUCAUGGUGAUAUUAUUAUACAUAGUAAGAUAUUAUUUCCAAAUUCUCUAAAUAUGCCUGCUUUAACUACAUUGACUUUAAGAUCCUUCUACUUUUCUGCCGGUGAUGAUGGUUGUGCUGAACCCUUCUCGGCUUUCAGCAAGUUGAGUACUUUGAUGAUUCAAGAUUGUAAACUUCUGGAUACAGAAAGUCUUUGUAUAUCAAGUACCACACUUGUCAAUUUAACUGUGGAUGAAUGUGAAUAUUAUCGUCAUAGUUACAAAUGCAAGUUAUCUACUCCGAGUCUUUGCAACUUGAAUUAUAUUGGUACUUUAAAUCAAAAACUAUAUUGUAGCGAUCUUCGUUCUCUUAAACACGUGUACAUUGAUGUAAACUACGAAUACAGUGGAUCACUUGAACCGGAUUAUCCAUUCGUACUCAACUUGCUUUUAGAGCUUGCUAAUAUCGAAUCAUUGACAGUGUCUUCUGAUACUCUUCAGGUUCUCUGCCGUGUUCCUGAUUUAUUGAAGGUUAAACUUACUUCCUUGUAUAACUUGGAGUCACUACGAGUAAUACUGAAAUCGUCUUCAACUCCAUUAUACAUGGACCACGGGUCUAUCAAAAUUUAUUUGAACCCGGAAAGAGUAUGGUACUAUUUGCUUCAAAACUCGCCGUUAGCAAAUGUUGACUUCGGCAGAGCCCUGCCAUUCAUCUAUUCUCCUCUUCAUCUAUUCUAUACUACUAGACCCUCUUCAUCUUUUCUGAAUUCCAACUGGGAGAAGGACACAAAUAUCGUUCAAAGUCUUCACAAUCUUACAAUUCAACUCAAAAAGUGGAAUAAAGAUAUCUUUGGGGACAUAUUUAAAAGAAAGAAGGAGAUUUUAGAUAGACUUAAUGGUAUCCAAAAUAGCUCUAACUACGGACAUAGCAUAUUUCUUGAGAAUUUGGAAAAAGAGUUACAAGAUCAACUUGUUGUCACCCUUUAUCAGGAAGAGUGCUUCUGGUUUCAAAAAUCUAGGAGUCAAUGGAUUAAUGAUGGAGACCGAAAUACAAAGUAUUAUCAUUCUAAAACCAUUGUUAGAAGGAGACGCAACAAAAUCAUUUCUUUGCGCAAAGAGGAUAGAACAUGGGUGGAUGAACCAGAAAGCCUUAAAGACUUGGUACGAGAAUUCUAUAUCAAUCUUUUUAAAGAAGAUAAAGAAGUUCGUGAUCCGAUUAUUUCUUGGACUACCUACCCAAGUAACAUGGAAGAACAUCAAAAUGUUUUAAAUGCUAUAAUCCAGUUUGAUGAAUGCAAGAAAGCCCUUUUUGAUAUGGGGCCUCUGAAAUCACCUGGGGAAGAUGGAUAUCCUGCUCUCUUUUUUCAACAAAAUUGGGACAUUAUUGCUGACUCUCUUUUUCAAUAUGUUAACUAG